CGGAGCGGCGACGGCACCGGAGCCCGGCGGGGCGGCGGCGGAGCUCGGAGGCGGCUCCGGCCCAGGGUGCCAUCACCGCCGGUGUAAAGCUGUUCCCGAGGCGAUCUCCGAGAGGCUUUGUCAGCACUCCUGAUGUCCUGGGAGCAAGGUGCUGUUUGUUCCUGGCAGAGAGAUGAGGGCUGUGUGCUGGAGGGGAGUGAAUUCUGCAGCACCCAUGGCGGGGUGAAUGAGUCCCUGGAGAACAGGUCAGCAACAGCGAAUCCACUCAGAAGAUUCCUGGGUGAAUGGUUCAGCUCCCAUCCCGUGCUCACGGCAGUGCUGAUUCUGCUGCUCCUGGUGCUGGUGCUGGCUUUGGGGGUGGCCUUGGCUGUGCAGUCAGCACCACAGGUUCCAGUCACACCUGCGACUCCACAGUUGGUUCUGGGCUGUCCCCAUAGCUGGGUUGGGUCCAAUGGGGUCUGCUACUACUUGUCAAGGGAUUACAGGAGCUGGGAGCAGGCUCAGGAACGGUGCUCCGAGCUCGGGGCCUCCCUGGCCAUUCUCAAGGAUGAGGCCAUGGAUUUGCUCUUCCGCCUCCGCGGGAACGUGGAUUACUGGAUCGGGCUGCGCAGACGGGGCGAGCGCCUGCACUGGGGGGACGGCAGCAGCUACAGCUCCAGGGUUCCUGUCCUUGGCAAUUCCCAGUGUGUGUACCUGGCUGAUGAUAAAUUCAGGAGUGAGAUGUGCUCAAACGAGCGGCCGUAUGUCUGCAGCAAGGCCCAGGCUGCCCUGUGACAGGGCUGCAGAAAGGACCUUGUCCACGCUGGGCAGUGCCAGCUCCAGCUGUGAGCCCAGCACAGCGCUGUCCUUCCUCAGCUGCACCCUGUGCCUUGCACUGACUCUCAGGGUCACCUCAGUGCCUGCUCAUCCCCAGUGCCAGCGCUGGCCUGGGUGUUCAGGGGAAAAGUCUCUGCAACACAUCCUGCCACUGAUGCUGCCUGCAGUGAGUGGAUUGCCCUCAUUGAAACAUGGCUGACUCUUUGAAAUUUUUAUAGAAGUUUGUUAAGGGAUAAAUUCCUGUGCUGAGGUGCGUGGCUAUUUGCAUAUGGUUUACUUAAACUAUGUUCUUAUUGUACUGUUAUGUUAUAGGCCUAUAUGCAUAUUCAUGCGUUUGUACAUACUCAAACAUUGUUUGAGUUUAGAUGUUCUUUUGCUUGGUUUUAACCUUUGACUUGUCUUCACGCUUUCUUGUAUAUUAAACUAAUACAAUUUUUUCUUGUGAUUCUAUCUUGUUGUAUUUUCACUCUCUGAUAACAAGGAUCAAUAAAUUCUUUUUUUGGAUGCCCUGA